UAUUUGGAGUACCCAUAUCCAGGCAUAAAGUCAGUUGCUGCCAAACCAGGACCACGGUUGAUCAAGACCCACCUGCCUUUGGCAUUGUUACCACCUUCAUUUGACAAUAGUAAUGCAAAGCUGAUUUACAUUACCCGUAAUCCUCGUGAUGCAGCUGUCUCCUACUUCCACUUCAUGAAACUUUUGACUGCUUGCAGCUACCAGGGAAGUCUAUCCACAUUCUUCAAGAUGUUCCUGUCUGAUAUGGUUAUGUAUAGCCCUUUCUUUGACCAUGUACUGGGUUACUGGAAACGGCGGGAAGAGUCAAAUAUUAUGUUUGUUAAAUAUGAAGACCUUCUUAAGGACCCUGUAAAUAUAAUUAAGAAAAUUGCUGAAUUUUUAGAGGUGGAAGUGUGUGAUGUAGAUGUGGAACACAUAGCACACUCAACAUCAUUUAAGUCUAUGUCUGCAAAUGCUAGUGUGAAUUAUGAGCAUUGGAAGGAUCUGGGAUUUGCACACAAGGAUAAAGGAAAAUUCCUAAGAAAAGGUAAAGUAGGUGAUUGGCAGAAUCAUAUGACUGAAGCAGAAGUCGCAGCCUUUGAAGAAUGGGAAAAGAGACAUUUGGCCAACUCUGAUCUUACUUUUACAUUUACAUUACCGGAAGCAGAAACUGAUGUAGCUUGAUUUUUUUUUUUAUUACAACAGUAGAUAAUUAAUGUAUAUUGUUUAUGCAGUCUAAUAAAUAUUUACAAACUUUGCUACA